UACAAUUAAAAUGAAAUUCAAAUUUUGAAUCUCCGCUCCAACGGCUAUAUUGACGACCAGGUUGAGCACUAUAUAUAGCUCUUUAUCCAUGCCGCUGCUCUUCAUCUUCAUUAUAGCAGCUAGCCAGCCCCAAUAGCAAAGCACCAAACCCUAGCAGAUCACUUCGAUCUCGAUUUUCAUCAAUGGAUUUCCACACCCUCACAAGGAGAGAACUCCAAGCCCUCUGCAAGGUGAACAAGAUUCCGGCUAACAUGACUAAUGUCGCUAUGGCCAAUGCUCUCAAAGAUCUUGAGUUCGUUGAAGGUAUUGAAGAGGUCAUGAAGCCAUCAGAAUCUGAAAUCGCAAAUUCGUCUGUUGAGUCACCCGAGAAGUCUGAUAUGAUGUCAAGUGCUCCUCGCACUAGCAGACGAGCUGCAAUUCGCCCUGAAAUUUCUCAUACUAUGACUAGGACACGUCGAUCAACAAGAAGAAUGCCCCCUGAGGACCAAGUGAAGAAUGAUGUGAUUGAGACUCCAGCAGCACCAACUGCUAGGAGAAGGGCAACAACAACUUCAGUUAGCUCAAAAAUGGAAAGCUUGCUGAAGGAAUCUGUAGACACAGAGCAAGAUGGGGAGCAGACUUUGAAUGAAAAGAAAGAUCUUCCAAAGACACCAGGUACUCGGCUGACAAGCCGAAGGAGGCAAGUGAAGGAGAACACUUCAGUUCGGCCAGUAUACAGCACUCGCAGAUCAGCGAGGUUAGCCUCAAAAUAUGAAGAAGAGUUGAGCAAAGAGGACGCUGAAAUGUCACAGACGGCUAUGUUUGAUUCAUUUACUGAUGAAACAUAUGAGAUUUUGGAUGUCAACUCUAAACUGUGUUCUCUUCACUUGGAUGAUGAACAGGGGAAAGCUGAUUCAAGUGCAUUCUCCAAUGGAAAUGAGAAUCAAAAUGUGGCAAGCAAGGAACUUGGUGCUGAUAUGCAUCAAAACUCUGAAGAACAUGCUACUGAAGAGAUUAUUAAUGGGCUCAUUGAAAAUUAUGCAACUGUAGAUUUCUCUGCUGGCAAGGAAUCAAAUGAUGUUGAAGUGGACUUACAACAAGGUGCUGAUCUUGUGCUUGAAGGUCAGGAGGCCAUUUGUGAUAACACGGCUGGUGAAGUUUCUGAAUAUGUGGUGGAAAAAGCUGGCGAUGAAAUGAUGGUUGAAGACUAUUCUCACUUCAAAGAGGAGGAGGAGGAGGAGGAGGAGGACAGCAUAGCUGUUGAAGAUGUUGAUGUUCAGCCCCCCGAGGGCCAGGUGCUUGGUGCUGAUGAUGAGAAUAAACUUCAUCAUGGUAAUGAAAUUUCUGAAUGGGAGGUUGUAAAUGUUGAUGCCCUAAACAAAAGCCACAAGCUUGCUUCUGCUGAUGAAAUGAUGAUUCUACUGUCCAAGCAAUUGGAUGAGGAUGAGGAGGACGAGGAUAAGGGCAACAACACUAAUGGAAUUUCUGAUUAUGAAGUUGAAGAUGUUAAUCUUCAACCCAAAUUUCAUGAGGUUGUUGUUAUUGGUGAGCAGUUGGGUGCUACCUCAUGUAAUGAGGAACUUGACACUAACGAAAAUUCUGAGGUUGUGGGUAAUGGAAUCAUUCUAACCAAGCAAUUGGAUGAGGUCAUCAACACUAAGGAAAUUUCUAAUACUGAUGUUGAAGAGGAGGAUGUGAAUGAUGAGGAGGAGCUUGACACUAAAGAAAAUUCUGAAUGUGAGGUUGAAGAUCAUGGCAUGGUUCUUGACAAUGAGGAAGAAUCUAAUGCUGAUCUUCACUGGAACAUGGCUCUGUCCAAUCAGCCAUCUGUGAAUGAAGAUGAUGAAAUUUCAGAUGACAUGCAAGAGGAGAAGUUAGUGGACCCUGCAAGCAAGGAUCUAAACUCCACCUUGAUGUUGGAUCCUCCUGCUCACAUUUCUGUUUCUGAUGUGGCAGAAACAGAUUCAGACAACACCUUUCAGAGUAACAAGACGACACCAAGGGAGCCAGUCGUCACAGAUGACAAGGAGAACAUUGAUAAUAGUGGCAUGAAAUUGGUUGUUACAAAAGAAAAGCUGAAGAAAAAGGGCAAUGCUGAGGUGAAGAAUCAAAAGCCCUUGGAAGAUUUAAGCCUCAGACAGCUCACUAAGAUGAUGAAAGAGAUGAAAAUACAGAAUGCAGAAAAAAGCGCCAAGGCUGCUGUGAGUAGGCCAGCUCUACAACAUGUCCCUGAGAACUGCUUGGUUGGUGAAUCUAGAAACAGAUCUGAAGAUUACGAUGAAUUAAUCAACAGAAGAUGUUGAACUUUGAAGAACAAUUACAGAAUGUUCUACCUUCUUGGUUGGCAUAUGCAUCCUUUGAGAAAGAUAUCAUAAACAUUUUCCUUUUUUUUUUUUCCCUUUAUGAUAAACAAUUUCCUUUGAGAAAGAUAUCAUCAUAUCAUAAACAUUUUCCUUUAAAAAAAAAAUCAAUAAAGAAUCUUUUUGCAUUUCCAUUUCUCAAAUUUCUCAUUUUGAGAUGACCUCUUUAAAUACAACUCUUACAUCAAGUGCAAAGUCCCAAUAUUAAUUGCAAUGACUCUUUAGUCUUUACUAAGUGUUUGGAUUAACUCCAGAACAUGACUGUUACUGUUGAUUGCCUUAAUCACUUUGACUCUUUGACUAUCAUUGUAAUGCUUCAUGUUGGACUUUAGAC